UUCUUAGUUUAGCUUUUAGUGUGCGACUUGCUUUAUUUACUCCACGAAUCUCACUCGCCAACUCUCUCUACUACUAUCACAAACAAAACCCUCCCUUUCGUUUCUGGAUCGGAUCUAGAACAAGAAGCAGAUCCAAAAUGGGCUCUGUUUCUUUGAAAAUUGGAGAUGGAACGGCCAGAUUCAAGAGAGCUACGCUUUGUUCUUCAGCGGUUAACAUUCUUAUGCUUCUCUCCGUCGUUACCACAAAUCUCUUUGCUCUCUACGCCUUUACUUACUCCCCAAAAGACAACCAAACCAACCAUCUUCUUCCCCAUGCUCACCACAAGAACAUUUCUCUCAUAUCGGAGGAAGUUUCUCUGAUUAUGAGAGAGAUCGAUUCCUCGCAAAAGAAGUUGGCCCAGAUGGAGAAAGAGCUUCUCGGCUACGACACCAUCGAUCUCUCCAGACCCAACAUUGCCAACGAGCUUAAGCUCUUCCUCCAGCACCACCAGCUUCCUCUUGGCAAAGAUUCAAGAACUGGGAUCACUGAAAUGGUGGCUUCUGUUGGCCAUACCUGUGAGAAAUCUACUGACUUGCUGUCUCAGUACAUGAGUUACAAGGUCGCUGGUCCUUGUCCAGACGAUUGGAGCCUUGCCCAGAAGUUAAUUUUGCGUGGAUGUGAACCUUUACCUAGAAGGAGAUGCUUUGCCAAGUCAAUUUCUAAGGUGGGUCUCAGUCCUUUUCCCUUUUCCCUUUGGAAACCUGUCUCUGACAAGAUUGUAACUUGGAGUGGUCUUGGCUGUAAGAAUUUUAAUUGUUUGAACAGCAAAAAGUUAAGUAGAGAAUGUUCUGGUUGCUUUGAUUUAGUCAAUAGUUCUGAGAAUCAGAAGUUUGUUAAGACUAAAAGUAAGAAUGAUUUUCUCAUUGACGAUGUUUUAGCCUUGGGAUAUGGAGGAAUCAGAAUAGGCUUCGAUAUUGGAGGUGGGUCUGGUUCCUUUGCCGCUAGGAUGGCAGAGAAGAAUGUGACUGUGAUCACUAACACUUUGAAUAUCGAUGCCCCAUUUAGUGAAUUCAUUGCUGCAAGAGGGAUUUUUCCAUUGUACCUGAGUUUGGAUCACAGGUUCCCUUUCAACGACAACGUGUUUGACUUAGUCCACGCCGGGAGUGGAUUGGAUGUUGGGGGCAAACCAGAAAAGUUGGAUUUCAUAAUGUUUGACCUGGACCGGAUUAUGAGACCUGGGGGUUUGUUUUGGUUAGAUAACUUUUACUGUGCUAAUGAUGAAAAGAAAAAAGCUUUGACCAGGCUGAUUGAGAAGUUUGGAUACAAGAAGCUGAAAUGGGUGGUUGCAGAGAAGGUAGAUGGAUCAGGCUCGGGGAAAUCUGAGGUCUAUUUGUCUGCUGUUUUUCAAAAGCCUCCUAGAGUAUGAUGGUAGAUCUUCUGGAAAACUUCAGGAUGUAAACCAUUUGGUUACUACAUAUCUAGGUUAGUUGACACAGGAUUUGUCUGGUUUAUUGUUUUGGUUAUCCUCUCAUGGCAUUCCUUGAAAGCAAAAAUAAGUGCAUAAUUUAUUAUUUCUGUGACUGCAAAUUAGCGAGUGAUAAUUGCCACUGUGUUUAGCAAUUUAGAGCUGUUCAAUCUCUGAUAUUGUGAUUCAUGUGCUUUAGGGUAUUUUGAAGUGAAUUUACUCAUUUGUUA